AUCAGAUCCUCCCUCGCACCAGCACCAGCACCCAGGGCGAUUCCCCUCGUCCUCGUCGCAUAUAGUUUAUGUACUUACUCUUGAACCUCCCCUUUCUUGCUUGUUCUCUUCUCGACGACAUCAACUCCGUACCUUUCAGCUGCAGUUAUUCGAACAACAAUCGCCUUCCCCUUCCGUGCGCAUCGACGGCAUCUUCGAGACUCCAGCUGCCGCUGCAACGAAACUUCUCAUACACCCCACGUCGCAUCGCCUGGCCCACACACCCCUUCACGACCUUGAUGAACCACGAUCUAUACCCACAUACGGAAUUUUUCGAUUGAUCUCUUGCGAAUGCUACAGCGCGAAACCUUGGCUUAGGAACAUCCGUGUAAACGGCCAGUAACGGGCGCUGCGCCAGGGUCGCAAGAAGGGACAAGCCUGUCAGGAAAAGCAGCAAAGAGGGUUUCUGAGGAACCCCAUGCGCUGACCCUCCAUCUCCCUUGUCUCAAGAUAGCAUUGGUCCUGAUUUAGCCCCGUAACCAACUGUCCCGAAACUUGUGACAGGAACCUUUAUUAUCAGACGCCCUCCCCGUUGGCCGCAUCUUUCUUGAACCGGCGAUAUUUUGGGUUUCCUGGGCCAGUGUUUACAUUCUUUGUCCCUUACUUCAUCGACCCCAGUGGUCUUAUUCUUAAUCGGCAAGGAGUGCCUUGAUAGUCGCUCUCUAGGUCGAUUCUGAUUCUCAACUAUACUUUUUUUUAGAUACCCUGAACAUACUCGGGGAGCAGUCGCUGGACGACAUCAAUACGAAACGACAGAGGAAGAUAUAGAAACGCAGUAAUUAUGGGGUUUUUGGAAUCUGUGAAGCACCAGCUGUGGGGCACGAAGUUGGUCUUCAACGUCUUGUUCCAUGGCAGCCACAUCGGUAUAUUUGCUUUGGGAUGGUACAAGCAAGCAACGGACGAAAGGUUAGCGGGGCUGAAUACAUUGACAUACUCGGUGUGGUUAUCACGAGGCGCAGGCCUCGUUCUAUCGGUCGAUGGGGCCAUGAUUUUGUUACCGAUGUGCAGGAAUAUAUUACGAUGGGUCAGACCAAAGGUCCGGUUCCUGCCUCUCGACGAGUCGCAAUGGUUCCAUCGCCAGGUCGCAUACUCGAUGCUGGUCUACACGAUCAUCCACGUCUCCGCCCAUUACGUGAACUUCUUCAACGUCGAAAAGACACAGGUUCGCCCUGUUACCGCAAUCCAGAUCCAUUACGCCCAAGCUGGUGGCAUAACAGGACAUAUCAUGCUCCUCUGCAUGCUUCUCUUGUACACAACCGCACAUGCGAAGAUUCGCCAGCAAUCUUUUGAGACCUUUUGGUAUACGCACCAUCUAUUUAUCCCGUUUUUGCUUGGAUUAUAUACACAUACGACUGGAUGCUUUGUGCGCGACAGCGUGGAUCCUUACUCUCCAUUUGCCGGGAAAGACUUCUGGGACCACUGCAUUGGAUACGAAGGCUGGAGAUGGGAGCUUUGGGGAGGAGGUCUCUACUUCGCGGAGCGCCUCUACCGUGAGAUUCGUGCGAGAAGAGAGACGGAGAUCAUCCGCGUCAUUCGCCAUCCAUAUGAUGCCAUGGAGAUCCAAUUCAAGAAGCCAUCGAUGAAGUACAAGGCCGGCCAGUGGCUCUUCCUUCAAGUCCCAUCAGUAUCCCGCCAGCAAUGGCAUCCCUUUACCAUCACCUCCUGCCCAUUCGACCCCUACAUCUCCGUCCACGUCCGCCAAGUCGGUGACUUCACCCGCGCCCUCGGAGACGCCCUCGGCGCCGGUCCCGCCCAAGCCAAGCUCUACGACGACGUCGACCCGAACGGGAUGUACGAAGUCGCUCUCCAAAACGGACAACAGAUGCCGAAGCUCCGCAUCGACGGCCCCUAUGGUGCACCCGCUGAGGACGUCUUCGACAACGAAAUCGCUGUCCUCAUCGGCACUGGUAUCGGAGUCACCCCUUGGGCUGCCAUCCUCAAGAACAUCUGGCAUCUUCGCAACAGCCCAAACCCGCCCAAGCGUCUGCGCCGCGUCGAGUUCAUCUGGGUCUGCAAGGACACCACUAGUUUCGAGUGGUUUCAAACCCUGCUGUCCUCGCUCGAGGCCCAGUCCUUUGAGGCUGCUAGCAUCCCUGGCUCCUCCGGCACCGAGUUCCUGCGUAUCCACACCUACCUGACGCAACGCCUCGACGCGGAUACCGCGCAGAACAUCGUACUUAACAGUGUUGGCUCUGACGUCGAUCCGCUCACCGAGCUGAAGACGCGCACGAACUUCGGGCGUCCCAACUUUCACCGCCUGUUAACAGGGAUGCGUGAGGGUAUUAUGGACCGCACGUAUAUGAGUGGGUUGGAGGGCACGAUGAGGACGGAUGUCGGUGUGUACUUCUGCGGACCGAGUCAGGCGUCUAGGGGGAUUAAUAAGGCGUGUAAGGAGGUUACGACGCGGGAUGUUAAAUUCUCGUUUUGGAAGGAGCACUUUUAAGCGAUGUGUUUGUUGUUAUCGAGCGCGCUGUAUGCGUGCGAGCUAUUUAGCACUGUAUAUGAAUUAAAGCGACGUCCAACCAUGAAA